GGGUCGGGACUCUCCCCCUCAACAUGACAUCACCGCUGGACAAAGCAGCAAGGAGUGGUUAGUGGAAAAGGAACCGUCCCAAAUCAAUGGAACAAAUUUAUAUAAAUCUGAACAAGCCCUUUGUUUAAAACAGACCGUUAUCUGGUCGCGAGAGGAAUACUCACAGCAGCUCCUGAAGGCAACAUCGACGUGCUGGAUAGACCAAACCACAACUGGACUUUUUUUUCUUUUUUAAUACUUUUUUCAUUGUGUUCGUCUUAACAUGUGUCACGACUGAAGAGCCUGUUCUGCGGUCCAAGUUCACCCGGGGGAACGCCAUGCUGUCCGUGCUGCUGUCCGCCAUGCUGGCCGUCCACGCUUUUGCUCUAAUGGACGUGCACGUUCCCGACCAGCCAGUGGUGGCGCUGCAUGGCAAGGACGCCAUCCUCAACUGCUCCUUCAAUGCUGCCGGGCCCUUCAACGAGUCCGAUGUGACGGUCUUCUGGCAGCUGACCGAAACGAAGCGCAGCGUGUACGGCUACAGCGAGGGACGCGAUCAGCUAGCCGACCAGUCCUACAACUUUGUCAACCGUACCAGCCUCUUCCCGGCUGAGCUGCGCCUGGGCAACGCUUCCCUGCUGCUGAGGAAGGUGGCGGUGGCCGACGAAGGCAGCUACACCUGCUUUGUCAGGGUGCGGGACUACGGCAGCGCUGCUUUGAUCCUGCAGGUGGCCGCUCCUUACUCCAAGCCCGUAGUGACUUUGGAGUCAACAUCCAACCUUCGGCCGGGCGAUAAGGUGGCCCUAACCUGUGAUGCCUACGGAGGCUACCCGGUAGCAGACGUGGUAUGGCAAGACGGGAGUGGCCACAACCUGACGGACAACAUCACCACAGCGGUGGUGGCCAACGACCAAGGGCUGUUUUCUCUGACCAGCAUGUUGACGGUGGUGCUGGAGCCGAACAGCAACUACAGCUGCCGACUUGUCAACCCUUUGCUGGGGGAGGAGGGGAACACCUUUGUCACAAUCACAGGUCAAAACAUCUCCUUCCCGCCGGUGGCACUAUGGGUGACAGUCGGCUUGGCUGUGUGCCUCCUGGUCCUGCUUGUCGCGCUGGCCGCUGUCUGCCGCAGGAAGAUCAAGGAGAGCUGCGAGGAAGCCAGGAGAGAAGCUGAAGAGGCCAAGGAGCUGGAAGAAGACGAGUCAAAGACAGCCAUGACACCUCUGAAGAGCUAAGGCCAAGAGACCGAGGGAGUCUCAGCUGGAUGGCCAAGGUUGGAGAUGAGUCUGGCGGCUAAAUCCCACACCUCCACCUACGGAAUCCAUCAACCCGGCUGACUAUUUCCGGCGUCCUCGGCGGACUGUCAAGGUGGUCGCCUGAGCCCAAGAUGAGUCCAUCAUCAUCUUUCCGAGGCGCUCCCUCGAGUGUCCGUCAAAACACAUCAUGCGCCAUUAUGUACUCUAUUGCCCUUCCGUCCUUUUUUUGUCCACCUCUACGGAAGACAUGGAGUGGGAAUGUGUUCCAGUAGGUCCUAUUCAACGUGCUAUGCAAAUGAGACAACUCCUUUUUUUUUUAUACGCCGCAGAUUUUUUGGGGGGAAAAGAAACCCUUUGCUCAUUUCACCGUCAUCAUUGCCGCGAGACACCAGCCGCUCUUCGCCAUUAGUCCCGCACUUGCUAAUUAGCUUCUGUCGCCCGGGUAACUGGUAUCUGUCAGUGUCUGCUCCCCUGCUAUCUUGUGGAAACUGGAGGCGAUUGUAAUUGAAUGCCAGUUAAGCGCCGGCAAACUGCAAACGGUGCACGGGACACACCCCGACUGCCUUAUACGUGUUGUUUUUGACGGCGGCUUGUUCACAAGCGCUUGGUCUUCUCAGCAUUAACCAGCAUAGAGGAGGUUUUAUUAUUGCUUUACAGGUACCGAAAGGUCCACGUACGAACGCCAAAGACUGUGCAGACUUUGCAUUAAAGGGACAAUAUCAA